AUGUUUUCCCUGUCGGAGCUAGCUCCUCUGAACCAGCACCAGAGCCGGUGUAAACUCCUGAAGCCGUGGUGGGAGGUGUUCAUGGACUACCUGGUGGUCCUGAUGCUGAUGACGUCUGUCCUGGCCUGCACGGAGCAGCUGUCCCGGGACCGAGUGGUUUGCAUCCCCUUGGAUCCACUGGUCCCUCCAACCACCAGUAAUCACAGUCCCUCUUCUAACAGGGAAGCAUUGACUCCAUCUUCAAAGACCCCAAACCAUGUUCCUCGCAACAUCAGCCCAAAUACUCACACUACAGCGAGGGGUCGACGCACACAUCUGGUCUACCAGCAGUACGUCUACAUCAGCCAGGUGUGCUACCACGAGGCGUUGCCGCUGUGUUCCCGCUUCUUCCCGUACAUGGCCAUGCUGCAGUCACUGGUUCUGGUGGCCAGCGGCUCCUUCUGGCUCCACUUCCCUCACACCUCCGCCCGCAUAGAGCACUUCCUCGCCAUUUUGUCCAAAUGCUGCGAGUCCCCAUGGACAUCUCAGGCUUUGUCUCACGCCGCUCGACAGGAAAGCAUCCAAGAGAAGGAAGUAGUGGAGGAAAGACAACCGCCUCAACCUCCUCUAUCUUCAAACUCAUCUUCAGCUCCGGUAGUCCGAACCAGAGGAUCGAGCAUAGACUCAGGAACAGAUAGCCCCCUUUUAAAGAGGUUAGAUAGUGCGUCUUUUACCCCUCCUUCUCCAUGUCCUUCCGCACACUCCUGUCACUCCAACAUCUCGUCCUUAUCCCUCGGGUCCCAGGUGAACUUUCCUUCUUCCAAGCCCUCUCUCAUGGUGGACAGUCCCAGGCAGGUGAUCAGUCUGGAUAAAAGUGACGGGGAACAAACCAGAGCGCUGUUCGAAAGGGUCAGGAAGUUUCGGUCCCACUCGGAAAGCGCAGAUGUCAUCUAUAAGGUAUACUUGGCUCAGACGGUAUUCAAACUGCUGAUGGUGAUGGUGAUCUUCAGUUACACCAUCCCUCUGCUCAGCUCCCUCUCCUUCACACACACCUGUCGCCCAGAGGAAGAGGCCUUGGUGGGAUACACCACCUUCGAGUGUAUCCAUGUUCUCUCCUCUCUUCUACGCAAACUACUGCUGGCUUACCUGACCCUGCUGGGGCUUUACGGCCUGCUGAACCUCUACACCCUCAGCUGGAUUUUACACAGCUCUCUACGUCAGUAUUCCUUCCACUCACUGAAGGACUUGUGCUCUCUGAGAGAUGUUCCUGACCUGAGGAACGACCUGGCCUUCCUCCUGCACAUGUUGGACCAGUACGACCCCCUGCUGGCUCAGCGGCUGUCCGUGUUUCUGUCUCCGGUCACUGAGAGCCGGCUGCUGGAGGAAAGCUUGGAGAGGCGUUGGGGGGAAGAGAAGCUGAGAUCCAUGAGCAGUGUGGAUUCAGAAGGAAGCUCCAGACUACAGCUGGUGGCUCUUCCUCGUCUUCCUCCAGCUCUCUUCACCCUCAACCAGCUGCACGUCCUCAAGCUGGAGCUCAUCACCGAGGCCAGGUUUACUGCACAGGUAGCCAACAUGAAAUCACUCAGGGAGCUCCACCUCUACCACUGCUCAGCUGCGGUGGAUCCUGGGGCUCUGGGGGUCCUGCAGGAGCGUCUGGAGGUCCUUCACCUCACCUUCACCCAGGCCUCAGAGAUCCCCGGCUGGGUAACUUCCCUCCGAGGCCUGCACGAGCUCCACCUCUCCGGACGCCUGAGCAGUGAUAACGGUGUGGGUCGCAGCUGGGCGUUAGGAAGCCUGCGACAACUACAUCACCUCCGAGUGCUGGUGAUCAGAGGCAUGCUGCAGAGGAUCCCCGGGGAGCUGUGUGAGGUGGCGGGCAGCUUGGUGCGGCUGGAGGUCUUCAACGAGGGCACCAGGCUGCUGGUCCUCACAGGACUGAAGCGGAUGGUGGACCUGACGGAGCUGCUGCUGCAGGACUGCCGGCUGGAGAGAUUACCGUCUGCUCUACUCUCCCUCACCAACCUGCGGACCCUGGACCUGCAGCACAACAACCUGCGGACCCUGGAGGAGCUGCUCAGUCUGGCUGCUCUGCGCCGCCUCUCCUGCCUCAGACUCGCCUACAACCGAGUCCUCGCAUUACCUGCUAGUGUUGCUGUUCUGCGAGGUCUGGAGCUCCUGGAUUUGUCCAACAACCAGCUGCAGAGUCUUCCUCCAGCCCUCUUCACUCUGCACCGCCUUAGAAAGCUGUUCCUGGCUGGUAACCUGCUGGAGGUGCUUCCUGCUGAGGUGAAAGCGCUGCAGCUGCUCACAGAGCUGGAUCUCAGUGGGAACAGACUGGAGAAACUCCCCUCUCAGCUGUUCAGUAGCUGUUUGGAGCUGCACAUCCUUAAUGUGGCGCACAACUCUCUCAGUGCACUACCCAGAGGUGUUGCAGCUCUGAGUCGGUUGUGCAGGUUGGAUCUGCGCAGUAACAGUCUGGAGGAUCUGCCCGCUGAGCUGGGAUCCUGCCCCGGGUUGCAUGGAGGGGGUCUGCUGGUGGAGGACUGGCUGUUUCUCUCUUUGCCCCCCAGAGUUAGGGACUUCCUGAGCAGAUCUUGCCCCCCCUCUGGUGCAUAUUCAGAGGGUAAUUCACGCCCAGAGUCCGACAGUUUCCCGUACUUCUCUCCUACUCAGUGGAGUUUCUCUUCUGCUCUGGAAUCACAGAUAUAAGCCUCUAAUACCAGUUGUGAAAUGCAAUUUACUCAAGUAUCAAUGUUGAGGUACACUGAGUAUUUACUGUAAUUUGUUGCUACUUUCUACUUCUACUUCAAUACAUUUUGGAAGCUAAUAUUGUACCGAUUACUCCACUACACUUAUCUGACAGCUUUGAUAACUCUACAGAUUCAGCUUGUUAGCUAAUACAAAAUAUAUAUCAACUAAUAACAUGCUAAAAAAAAAAAAGGAACCAAUGAAAAGGUGCAGUCGUAGUCUCUAAUUAUGGCCACUUGAGAACAAAAACAUGAUUAUUUCUUGAUAAUCCCAGUUGAUCAGCUUGUUUCUUACUGUGCCUGUUGUAUCACUUUAUUAAAAUAACUCACUGAGUGUUAAAUGCUAGUAACUGUAAUCCAACCGGAUGCUGGUGUGUCUAUAUAUAGCUGGUUGUACUUAUCUCCAACACCAAAAUUAAUUAAAAGGACUCUUUAUGAACCUAUGCAUUACCAAUACUGACUUUUCUGCUGUUAUUAGCACUUAUCAGCCUUAUAAUUAGUAUUUCUAACAAUAAUACUGAUAUUACCACUGGGUGUUUGCCACACUGAGGUCACUUCAUGUUUAUGCAAUAAUAUUUGUGUUGAACCUUUUGAAAUAACAUAAGCAAUACAGAAAAAAGUGAAUGAAUAAAUGUUAUUUUGUACCUAU